AUGUAUGUGUUUAAUGUGCUUGCCAUGUACAUAAUGGACACUGUAAAACGGGUGCUUGGUUCUGAACAGGAAGAAGGAGCGAAUAUAACUGCAAAUUCGCUUCAUCCAGGAUCAAUUGUUACAAAUCUUUUCCGUUAUAAUGGAUUCAUAAGAGGCCUUUGUAAUACGGUUGGAAAGUUCGUGCUUAAAGAUGUUAAGCAGGGAGCUGCUACGACAUGCUAUGUGGCUUUACACCCCCAAGUCCAGGGGAUAAGUGGGGAGUACUUCUCUGACAGUAACUUGGCGAAGACAACCGCACAGGGUAAGGAUAUGGAUAUGGCAAAGAAGCUCUGGGAUUUCAGCGUGAAUUUAAUUAAAUGAUGUAGCUUCUAGCCAAGCCAGCCGUGUACAUGGUGAGCAAUAAGUUGUAGCCGACAGAGAAUGCUUGCCAAUAACUAAGUAAAUGUUUGGUUCUGUAAUUGCAAAAGAGAUUGUACUGUGCCUGAUCUAUUAUUACUGUAUCUUAUUCAAUUUGAUAGUGUCACCAAUGCUUGUUUGUUAUAUUGUUAGAUAGAAUUUGGCUU